GGCCAGCAUGUACCGGAGGUGACGACAUCCCGGCGGGAGCUGGUACAGCAGCAGCAUACACUACUAGAUAUACAGUGUACAGUGCUAGUAGCUGCAGAGGAGGGUGAGGAUCUAUCAUCAUUAUCCCCCGGCACACGCUGAUCCCUGCGGAGCAACCAGACUCCAGCUGAUGUAAGAAAAAAAAAAAAAAAAAGCUUAGUUUGCUUUUCUUUGGAGGAAAGUGGCAGACGUCUGUGAUGGCCAAACUAACCAAAGACCUUUUGUUAAAGAAAGGACUCCCUAAAUCAAAAAAUCUGAAGGACCUGAAGACCCUCAACUUGUCAAAAAUGCAGCUGGAAACAAAAGAUAUUGACCCACAGCUAUUUUCUGAAAUGCUGACUCUUCAGGAGCUGAAUAUCUCUAACAACUGUCUGUCUGAACUUCCUGCAAAGCUCAGUCUUCCUAAUCUCAAGGUUCUAGACUUCAGCGACAAUCAAGUUGAAGAUGUGACGGUUUUGCAGCAGUUCCCCAGUCUGGAAGAGGUUAUGUAUGAGGAGAAUCUCUACCUGACAAUCAGUGAUAACUACAAGGUUUGUUGUCUUCUACCGAAGCUGCAGCGUCUGAAUAAUAAAUCUAUAUCCUCAUGGGCCAAUCACGUUAGGUUUGUCAACCACAGAGAGCUCUGCAACAGGGUUGAAUCUUACUGGGAAAAGAACUAUAAAGACAAAUUGCCCGAUGUGCCUUCUCCUGCAAUGAUCAAAUCUGUUAGUAAAGAGUUUCUAAAAUCUGUGGGGAAUCAAAUAAAGUAUGGACCAAAUUCACUCAAAGAUUUCACCAAGUGGAAAGUGCAAAUAAUCGCAGAAAACCUAAUCUCCUCCUUGUUGGGUGGUAAGAAAAAUAGUAAUGAACUACAGUAUGAGCAGGAAUCUGCAAAUAGUGGUGCUGCAGAGGCUCCAGUAACUCCCAGUAAGAAAAAACGCAGCAAUGAAGCAGAUUGUGAAGUCGGGUCUCCUGCCAAAAGACUCCGGUCCAGUGAUGUGCUGAACACUGCUCUGUCACCCAGGAGAUCAAACACAUUGCAGGAAAUUCAACGCGGGUGUACACCAAAAAAGGAUAAACAGAAAUGCACACCAAUUAAGGAUAAACCAAGAUGUACACCAAUUAAGGAUAGGCCAAAAAGUACACCAGCCAAGGAACGUGGGCUAGCAACGCCGACAAAAGUCAGUAUAAAGAUUACACCGUCAAGAAAAGAACGAGCAGAAGAUCGGGCAGUAACUAGUGGAAAACAAAAGAAAGAAAUUAAAAAGAAAAAACAACUUGAUUUGGAACCACUCCAUUUCCUGCAGUCUCACAGUAAAAAUAACGACUGUGAUGAUUUCCGCACCCAGUUAUGGUCCUGUGCUUUUGAACCUAGUCUGGACUCUCUUUCAAGUAAAGUUAUCGCAACGUGUGGUGGGGAAUCUGUCUGCGUCAUCGACUGUGAGACUGGAAAGGUGGUGAAGAAAUACAAAGUGCCUGGAGAGGAGUUCUUCUCACUGGCCUGGACAACGCUAACAAUGAUCUGCAAUGAGGGUCAGAGAAGAAAAAUCAAUAUAUUGGCGGUCGGUGGAAAGCAUGGAGUUGUGAGACUGAUGCACCCUAAAGUCAGUUUGUGCUACGGGGAGAUAAAAGCCCAUAAAAAGGCCAUUUCCAUAUUGUGUUUCAGCCCGACACAGGACACAUUCCUUUUUACUGGUUCAUAUGACAAGAGAAUUAUCUUAUGGGAUAUAGGCGUUCCUGACUCUGAAUACAACUUCAGAUCUAGUCAGUUGCUGAUGCUGGAUACCACAUCGCCUCCUCUGCGGCUCUGCCCUGUUCCUGCAACCCCCGAUGAGUACUUGCUGGCUGCUUGUGAAGAUGGUUGCUUUGUUUUUGACAUAACACUUAACAAACAACAGGGAAGACGCUCCCAUGUCGUAGAAUUCAGUUUUCCAAUAUACAAGAAAGAAUCGAAGGAUGCAGACUUCCAUAUAAUAGAUUCGCUGGCUUUUCUGAAUAAUGACCUUAUAGCUUCCAAAAGUACAAUGCAGGGAUCCAUAUACAUAUGGAGCUGGAAGAAGUCUUUCGAGAAACAAAGACCCAAAAGCAGCAAGAAGGUGGACGCCACUGUCCUAGCAGAGCUGAAGUGGUCAGAAACUGAUCUACCAUACCUCACACUCGCUACCUCCGAAGAAGGAUCUUGUGUGUUCUGUGGGGAUGAGGCUGGAAAAGUGUGGAUUUAUGAUCUUGAAUCCUGCAAAGCAAAGUUACAGAAGGGAGUGCCAUGCGGUGAUCUGCAAGAGCCUACCAAGGUUGUUACCUGGCCAUCCCCAUUAUCAAGAAGAGUUGAAGUGACGGAACCUGUGAUAAACACUGUGCUUGUGGACCCCGCUUUGGAACAUUUAGUUGCUUUAACUGACAAAAAUAUUGUUGCUAUAUGGAAAAUACUAUGACUGUAAAAAACAUUUCCUUGAGCUGUGCAUAGGAUAUCCCUGUCGGAAAGUUAGGCUGUUCAUUUUCUUUUAAUGUUCUUCUUUAAAACUAUAUUUAAAAGUAUGUGUAAUAUUUGAAAUUACGUUAAUUUUAAACAUGAGUGAUAUGGCGGAAGAUAAGUGGGGCUUGUCCUCCGCAUGUACCCUAAAAUUGCAGGAACUUCAGGCAUCUGGCAAUGUAGAUCAAUGACCACUACACUUCUGUACAUAAGGAAAACUAUAUGGGGAGAGGGACUUUAUAUCCCUCUAUUUCUCCAACCAUGGCAUCUAGAAAUGCCGGGUGAUUAGUGUGAUUAACAGGCUGUAACCCCCACACUGCAGAUAAAAUAAUGGAGUCCAGUGAUGGGGAAAGAUCUUCCCCAUUCUGGCUUCCCAAAAAUCACAGGCUCCCACAUUCAGAGGUGGCAUCCCUACGGUCACCAUACAAUAUUAACAAUAAUGCUCUGCACUAUUGAAAACAUAAGUUUUGUGCAGGAAGGAAAAUGUGUCCCAUAUCACUCCAGUAAUUGUAACUAUACACGUGGGGGCACCCAUAUAGAAGAGAGGCAAGUCCCCUCUUCGUAGCUUUUGUCCGGCGAUCACCAGACAAAAAUCACCCAAUGCUACAGAGAAAUGUUGUUUGCUAGAUGGAGGGAGGGCACAUGUACCCUAUAAAUCCCUGAUAACUGCUGGCUUUGGGGUUAAUUAGAUAGCCCCGAAGGAUCAAUUAGCCCGCAGUAAUCUAUUGCGGCUAAUUCUAUUCCCCCAAGGGGUAUAUUCAAUUAGCGUCGGAUCCAUUCCGACAUGCAUUUGUCGGAAUGGAUCCGACAACCCCUAUUCAAAUCUUAUCUCAAUUCGACUUUUUCAAGUCGAAUUGAGAUGAGGGACCCAGAGGAGGGGGGGGGGGGAGCCGCGGGGACAGCCGGCGGGCCGACGGAGGAGAUCAGCGCUACAGUAGCGCUGCAGGAGGAUGUCACACAGUCGCCCGACCUCACGGCAGUUUCCACCCGCGUGACCUCACUUGCUGGAGCAGGGUGGAAGCUGUGAGCGGCGUGGCUGUGUGACAUCCUGCUGCAGCGCUACUGUAGCCUGUAGCGCUGAUCUCCUCUAUAUGCCCGCGGCUGUCCCCCGACUCCCUGCGGCUCUCCCCCCCCCCCGAACGCCCCGUUUUCGACACAAGCACGUGGAUGGGCAGCUAUUCCACCGAUCCACGUGCUUUUCGACAAGUCGAAUUCAUCGACUUGUCGAAAAAAAUUGGGAUAUAUUGAAUAGGUCAAAUCACGAUUCGACCUUAAAAAGUCGAAAACUGCCGUCUUUUUGACAGACGGCAGCUUUCGGCUUUAAUUGAAUAUACCCCAAAGUCUUCUAAAACAAAAAUAAAAUUAAACAAAGGUAGAAUUUUGUUUGGGUAAUACAUGAAAAGAAAAUCAGUAAUAUUUAUUGAUGUCAGAAUGUUAUGAGCACAAAUGCUGGAAAAAUGCCUCCGCAGAGGAGAUGGUAAAAUCCCUAGCAGGGAAGUGGUUAAUUUUAAAAUACAGAUUUACCUGAAAUUCGCAUAUGUUUCAACUUCUUUUAUUGCAAGAAACAAGCAAAACACAAGUAUUUUCUUUAAAUUCUGGUUUUAUGCUCUACAUUAACUGUAGAGAAACAUGUAUAUAACAACUUUGGUUUUGCUCAGUGAGCAGAAAGAUAUAUUCAGAAUAUAACUGUAUAUAUUUCAUUCAAAACCAUAGCAAAAAUAAAAGGUGCACAUUUUUACUGAUGAUCAAA